GUUUUAUACAUAAUUGUAGAAGAAUAUGGGAAGGGAAUGUUGUAGUCUAGUUGUAUUAUGUUUGGGAGCUGUAGCGAGUCUGUCAGCAAUGGCCUUAGUGUCGAUAGGUGUUUCAACAGAUCAUUGGACUCGUACAGUGGUAGACAGAGCUAGAGUAAAAACACAAGGAGAAGAGAACAAUACUGAGUACAUGUUUUUUACAAGAAAUACAGGGCUAUUCAGAAUAUGUUUCCCUGAAAAAGAUCGCCCCCUUGAAGGUUCGCCGGGUCUCUUUCUCAGUAUUGUCGAUGAUUGGUGCUACUCCAGGGAGUUUUAUCUGAAUGAUAUAAGCAAGGGUGUAUUUAGUCCCCCUGGGCUCUCUUCUCAUGCAAAUACACAGCUUCAACUUCAUAGGAGUUCUCCCAUUCUACUUUUUGGAUAUCUUUUCAGUAUGGCCUUGGUUGGAUUGCUUGGAUUAUGCGGAUGCUGGCAGCAAUCUGCAAAUAAGCUGAUAACAACAGCUGCCUUUCAGCUGUUGGCAGCGCUGGUUGGCGCAAGCGCAAUGGCCACUUGGCAUGCCGCACUCUUCUUCGAAAUGGAGAAAGUUCAUGAUGAAGGAUUUCCGCUGAGCUGGCCAGACUGGCUUCAGGAAAGUACAACAGUUGAAAUUAGCUGGAGCUAUAUAGUGACCUGGGUUGGAGUAUGUUUGACCCUUCUGGCUAGCCUCGCUACUUCAGCUGCUGCCAUCUGUCUUCGCUCAAGAAGAAGAACUUGGGAAGAUGACGCACUACGCAUGAAGUUGAAAGUAUCACGUAUGUUUGCUCAACACGCGUAUUUUCCUGAUGAUAUUAGAUCUUCACAUUCUCCCAGUAUUCAUGACAGAGACUACCCUGACUACCCAACUAUACCGGCCAACUUUCCAACUCAUAAUAAAAUGUUAAGCGCUAGAGGACCAGGGUCUGAACUAUUUUUGACUGAGAGGAAUAAGGAAUACAAGAAGGUUUUAAAUCAGCUGGAGGACUCCAGAUUUUGAAAUUUUAGUUUAAGUACAUAAAAAAUCAUCAUGAUUUAUUUGAUUUAGGGAGGUUUGUUCAACCCUCGGUAUUUUAACUAAUUUUUACCGAUAUUGCUUAAUUUGCGCUUAUACUUUAACUAUUGACCUAUAACUAAAAUUACUGAAAUUGGAUAAAUUUGGUCAUUAAUUGAAUUUAAUUGUAUUGUGAAGUUAAAGUAUGUGCGUUUAAACCAUUGCUUUACUGUACAUUGUACAGUGUACAGUUAUGUACAUAGUAUUGUACAAUAAUUCUUAUAUUAUUCAUUUAAGUAUUUUUAAAGUUGGUAAUAAUGUCACUGACUUAGAGUAAUAAAUGUUAACACUCUGAAAAACUCUGAAGUUUGUUGUAAAUAACAGGUGUCAAGAACCCGAAUUUCAGAGCAUGGCUCAUUAAACAUGAUUGUAACAAGAUGACAGGGCCAUUUGUAAUUUUUUAAAUUGUUUUCGAAAAAUAAACCUUUUUUCUGUG